AUGACUGCUCCACAAAUACUGUGUACCAGUACCACGGUUGUUUUUGGCCACCCAGAGUGUUUUGCACCCAACACAAUUAACCAUGUCAACAAUGAGAGAAUGAGCGACUUGCACGAAAGAACACUGAGGAGAGCCACACAAAUAAAAGAAGCUGGUUACAAACUAGUAGAAAUGUGGGAAUGUGAAUGGAUAAAAUCAAAAGAAUGUAAAAAUGCACCGAGCCCUCAAAUUGUUGAACCCUUAAAGCCUCGUGAAGCAUUCUUUGGAGGACGAACAAACGCCAUAAAGCUAAAUGUGACUGGUAAAAAGCUUAGAUAUAUAGAUAUUGUAUCACUGUAUCCAACGGUACAGUGCGGUACAACGGUACGGUAA